AUGGCGCUAUUAUUUCUGAAACAAAAAUUAUUUCCCGGCGAAGAUAAACGUUCCGCCGGUAAACUUGGGAAACCCUUACUCGCACCAGACGACUCCACCCUUCACAGCGACCAGGAUGACAUCGAAUCGCAACGGUCCUAUAGCACCUUCCGUCCUUCAUCCCCUACAUCCGAAUCAGGAAGCACCAGCAGUUCACGCUCACGGAUCAACCCGCGAAUCGUGUCGGACGCCAUCUUGGGUCUCUCAGAUGGGCUCACCGUGCCCUUCGCACUGAGCGCCGGCCUUUCAGCCUUUGGAAACACUAAAGUCGUCGUCCUAGGCGGCCUCGCCGAACUAGCAGCCGGUGCUAUAUCCAUGGGCCUGGGCGGCUACGUCGGCGCGAAGAGCGAAGCAGAAUCAUACGAGACAACAGUACGCGAAACAAAAGAACUCAUUGAAACCUCUCCCGCCGAAACAUCAUCCAUUGUCCGCGAUAUUUUUUCUGCAUAUGCACUCCCCGAAGAGGCAAUUGCUCAGAUCAAUACCUCACUGCACGCUUCUCAUGACCGGCUUCUAGAUUUCCUCAUCACAUUUUAUCACAAGGAGUCCGAGCCGGAUUGUAACCAGGCUUGGAUCUCGGCUGUUACGCUUGCGUUGGGUUACUUUGUUGGUGGAUUCAUUCCGCUUAUACCGUAUUUCAUCUUCCAUCAGGUUAUUGUUGCCCUUUACUGGAGUAUUGGGGUGAUGGCAAUUACGCUGUUGGCCUUUGGGUAUAUCAAGACGUGUGUGGUAAGGGGGUGGAAGGGGAGAGAGAACAUCGCCGCGGGCAUCAAAGGCGGAGUGCAGAUGUGUUUUGUUGGCGGUGUCGCGGCGGGAGCUGCGAUUGCCCUGUUAAGGAUGUUCGGCGGUGGUGCUUGA